GAUUCUCCUAUAUAUAAUAUAUAUAAUCAUUCCUUUUCUAUUUUGGUAAAAUACAAGUUUCAUCGGUUUGGUCAAUGCAGAGGUAGCAGUUAUGCCGAAGCACAGUGACUUGCAAAUCCACAUUAAUGAUGAAGAAACAUUUGUUUUGGACAAGAAGUUCAUAUCAAAAUACUGUGGAAGAAUGAAAAAAAUGUUGAACCAUGAGAAGAGAAUGUGCCACAGCAAGACGCUGAGCAUUGAAAUCAAUGAUUUCCCAGGAGGGUCAGAAGGGUUUGAGCUGGUUUUAAGAUUCUGCUACAACAAUGGCAAAAUUUCCAUCACUGUCUCGAACGUGCUUCUCCUCCAUUGUUGUGCCCUUUUUCUAGGAAUGACUGAGGAGGUUUUCAGCAGCAAUCUCUUGCAGCAAACAGAAAUCUUUCUUCGGGGAAUCUACUACUGGACAUGGAAUGAACUAAUUGUGAGUCUCAAGAACUGUGAACUAUUUCAUACAUAUGCAGAUAACUGUGGUCUGUUAGAGAAUAUUAUUGGGGCACUCUUGGCAAAAAUGGAUCAAAAUUUUGAGGGAAACCUUUUCAUCUCCUCAUCUUCAUCAUCCCCAUCAUCUCCUGAGAGCAAUUAUGCCAAGACAUUUUCUUGUUCAACACAAGAUACUCUCAAGACAGUAAAAUCAAGUUUGGCAAACAAAGAAUGGUGGUUUGAGGAUUUGGCCACUUUACCCCCAAAGAUCAUUGAGAAGAUUCUUCAGAUUAUUGGAGCUUACAAAACAGACAACAACAACCCAAUUCUCACAAGAUUUCUUCUUCAUUAUCUGAAAAAAGUGACCCAAACAGAAGAGAUUAAUUGCCACAACAGUGUUGAUUAUGCUGGUCUUGCAGAAACAGCUGUCUGUGGGAUCACAUUUGCUGGUAACAAGAGUUUUUCUUGUAGAGUCCUUUUUUGGGUACUAAGGAUUGUAUCAAGAUUUGGGAUGAGAAGAGAUUGCAGAAUUCAAAUUGAGAAAUUGAUUGGUGGGGUGCUUGAUCAAGCAACCUUGGAUGAUCUACUUGUCUCUGGGCACCACAUGGGACUAUCUUAUGAUGUAACAUCUGUUGCAAGAUUGAUUAAACAAUUUGUUUAUAUAAAUGGCUCUGAUGGAGAAGAGUGUGCAGAGAAGUUGAAAAAAGUUGGUAGAUUAGUUGACAAGUAUUUGAUAGAGAUAUCCCCUGAUCCGAACCUGAAAGUUACUAACUUUCUUGCAGUUGCAGAAUCUUUACCUGGUUCUGCUAGGAACUGCUUCGAUGGAGUUUACAGAGCCAUUGACAUUUAUCUUCAGUCUCAUCCAAUGCUGGCAUUUGAGGAAAGGUCAAGAUUGUGCAGAUGCCUAAAUUACAAUAAACUCAGUUUUGAAAUUUGUAAAGAUAUUGCAAAGAACCCCAGAAUACCUCCAAUUAUUGCAAUGCAGGCUCUUAUUUCUCAACAACCCAAUGUUCCAUCAAGUGACUUAGAAAUUCAGGAGAGUGAAAUCAUUUUGUGCAAUGACAAGAAAGAUUCAUUCUUGGAAGAGAAAGAAGAUAUGAGACAAAACCUUCAGAGAAUGGAACUAAGAGUAAAAGAAUUGGAGAUAUUGUGCAAGGAAAUGAAGAUUCACAUGUCAAAGUUUCACUAGCCAUCAUCAUCCGCAAUAAUGUCUUAAUCUUUUAUCUGCCCCAAGAUUUUUUUUUUCUUCAAAUGUGUGUUUUUUUUCCCUUUAAUGGUCUUUCUUCAUUGAUAUUUAUUUGAUUGUAAAAAAUGUUUUUUUUUUUUUUUUGUUUCAGUGGGUGCAUAUAGUAGAAAGUCAAUAUUCCACCAUUGAAUCUCCUUUAUACACAAUAAAUAAUGCGAUACAAGUAUUUGGAUUCUCAUA